AUGUCGGAGGGAUACAGCUUCCGACGCAGUACUCUCUUUCAGAAACUACCGCCCCAUAUACCCCGGGGAUCACCACGAGAUCCAACUCCACGCAUAAAGCUCAAUAUACAAGACUUAGACCUUACCAAGUCCUACUUUAGCAGUUUGGUGCCGCGUCAACGACUAGCGAGGGUAAAGAAAAACAGACCAUGGGGCAAAUGGACGGGUGCCACCCCCCUCACCGACCCAGCUCAACUUCCUCCUGGCUGGCAUAUGAAUGAGGACGAUCUUGAAAUCGACGAUAUCGAUGGCCAAAUCCAAAGAUGCCACGAGAGAAUUGCCGAAAACAUAAUGCCCCAUGUCUUCCAGCAAAGGUUGGCCGAGUAUACGGCUGCAAAGGCCCAAAAUGAUCUGAAGAGGUUCCCCGGGUCUGACUGGCUGAGCUGGGAUACCAUUGAACGGGUGCAUACGUUGGAGGCCAUGAAGACAGAUCUGGCGAAUACUACAGAUAAAUACGAGCAGCUUCCAAACAUUGACGCUCUCUUGAACGCAUAUAAAGCGGGAAAUCUUGAGUGGUAUACCGGUCUUGUUACAUAUUGGUCGAGGGGAGUCCGGUUAUGUCAACCAAGACCAUUUGACUGGGAUGAAUUUGAAGCGAUCAAUACCCACUGCAAUGGCGACAAAGGAUUUUGGACUGAAGGGAUCAGCGGGCCUGGAAGUGUGAGCUCCUAUACAACAAUCACGAUUAAUCCAACCAGGAUCCCUAGAGGGCUAAUUGCCAUCAAAUUAGCCCUUCGUCUUCCAGGAGUAGCUUGGUUCGCCGAGUUAGACUUUAUCUACGACACUGGGGCGAAUAUGAUGUCUAUUUUCGAAGGAGAUCUUAGCACGCUUCUUGGCCCAUUUGGCGUAGGUGGUGGGCCAGGCAUACCAGUGAUAGGUGUUGCAACGGUUACCACUGGUGGUGGCACCGUAAACAAACAACACAUUGAGAUGGAAGUCACAAUCCUCGAUGGAAAUCGUGACAGAAUGACCCCUUGGACUAGAACGAUAUGCGCUCUCAAUGAUGGUGACUGGAGACCGGGCGGCGUCCCCCGACUAGAUGGCCCAAUUGUGCGAGACUUGUUAUAUACGGGAAGUGCACCUAAUAACCUCCGUCAAAUAAACAUCGCAACCACGAAAUCUCAACUUGACCUGAUAGACCUGGACCUUGUUGCCCACCCACCACACCACAAUCCAAGAACUAGGCACAUGGUUCCCCCGCCACCAGGAACGAUCGCUAAUACACCUGGUCUGUGGUUACUUGGGGGGGGCUCAAAUGACAAUGCCACAAGCAGGACCCGGAGUUGCUCCUUGAGAGUCUCACAAACCUGUCUUCUUUGCGGGACUGUCGCUUGUGCUUGGACAUAUGUCUCACUUCGAACUAUUUUUUUCCUUGUGUGUUGUUGA